AAUAGCAGCAACCAAAAACCCUAGGGUUAGAAAAACUGAAAAGCUCUCUUUCAGCUCGCAUUCCUUCUGUCUCGUCGCACACAGAUCCUCCCAGUCCCUUUCUUCCUUACUUCGUGCUGAUCCCAUGGCCCCAAAGAAAGAAAAAGCCCCUCCUCCUUCCUCCAAGCCAGCAAAGUCUGGAGGUGGCAAGCAAAAGAAGAAGAAGUGGAGCAAGGGAAAGCAAAAGGAGAAGGUGAACAACAUGGUGUUGUUUGACCAGGCUACCUAUGACAAGCUUCUUUCUGAAGCUCCUAAAUACAAGCUCAUCACUCCCUCUAUUCUCUCUGAUCGUUUGAGGAUCAAUGGAUCACUUGCAAGGAAGGCUAUAAGGGAAUUGAUGGCAAGAGGGUUGAUUAGGUUGGUGUCUGCCCAUUCGAGCCAGCAGAUUUACACUAGGGCGACAAACACCUAGAUCUUUUGUUAUGUUUUUGCUUAAUUAGUUCUAUGUAGUAUUGCCUUUGCUUCUACAAAUGAUUUAUUAUAUUUAAGACUUUUCUCCAGCCACUUUUCUAGAAUGUGUGAGCUUCAGUCUCCUGCUAUUUUUCUGGUUUAAUGGAGACUUUUCAGACA